AUGGCGCGACGUUACCAGAUCGAUGAGCUGCUAUGGCUGCGCUCAUCGCCUCUGGUCACUAAGCCUACAAAUCUACCGCCGGUAGAAGACUGGAUGGGCCCGCUUCCUGACCCAACAACACAACGAAAACCUACAAAUUCUAGAGACCCCACGAAUCCAAAUGAAGCAACGCCUAGAAGACCAAGCCUGUUCGAAACUCGCCAUCUCUCGAGAAACUCGAAUUCAGAGGAUAUUGUUCUCGGACCUCCCAAAACUGCUUUCGCAUCUGCAUCUCGCAUAUCCGGUAGCAAAGGCUCGAUAGAUUUCACGGACCGCCCCUCCCGACAGGUCGAGUCUGAUGAGGCAUCAAACGAUCGCUUCAAUCUGCGAGACAAGUUCUUCAAGGACAGGGAAGCCGCAGAUAGAGAUUUUGAUCGCCGAGAUGGCAAGCCCACGCCGUUCAACGGUCGCCGUGGGGAAAGAGAAGAAUGGAACAACGGACGUCCGCGUCGUACCUUUGGCCAGGAGGAACAAGACAGAAAACCCAGACGCAAUGUAGAAUUCGACCGUUGGAACCGUGAUCAGAGGGAACAGACUUUUGAGCGGGGAGUGAGAGAGAAAGAAGGACAAUUUACCCCUCGGAAAGAUGGUACACCGGGUCGAGCCAGACAUGAAGGAAGCUGGUUCCGUGAUGACAACGCCCAUGAUGGGCCAGAGACGGAAGACGAGAAACUUUCAGUGCGGAACAGAGAUUGGCGCCGAGACAGACAUGGUGCAGACCGCGACUGGAGUCGGGGAGCCAAGUUUGAACAGGACCCUGAGUGGAUGGACACAGACGACAGAGACGAGUCGCGUAAGGUGCAUACACAAGAGGAUUUUGAGCGCUGGAAAGAGAGAAUGAAGGCCGGCUCUUCGCAACCACAAGCGGAGGAGAAGAAAGAAGCUCUCCCCGAAUCGGUCGCCAGCCGAUCUGCGCAGCCUGCGCAAUCCGAGCACCGACCCACGGAUGGCGAAAUAUUCAGUAGCAACGGUACGCCUUUCCAGUCGGAUUCAGCGAUGGAGCGUUUCUUUGGACUCUUAGGUGAUGCAAAACCCGCUCCGGACGUCAUCAGCACACCCACCUCCAUAGAAAUAACUAGCAAGAAGGAGCCAGCGCCGGGAAAGCUUGGAAAGUCGUCUCGAUUUGCCGGAUUGUUUAGCCCGCCUCCAGGAAGCCCAGCGAAGGAAUCGGAGCACCACCUUGAAACCAGGUCACCAGCUCCCCAACCUUCAACCAAUGAUGCGGAUCAGGAAGGGUUCCAGCGCAUUUUACAAAUGCUUGGAGGAAGCAAAUCGCGCAAUGCGACACCCCAAAUCGACAGUGCUCAGCCCCCUCGCCCACCCAUGGUGCAAGCCGAUUCAGCUCUGAGUGCUCUCUCUUCUCCUUCUAAGGACUCAGUGAAACGGCCGGAAUACAUGGUGAUGCCGGAUGCCCAUGCUCACAGUACAGCUCCCGCAAUGCAAGAAAACAUGCACGCACAUGACUCCCCUUUCAAGGACCCUCAGUCUCGCGACAGGGAGCAUCUUCUUCGUUUAAUGCAACAGGUUAGAGUGACUCCGGUCGUUAAUCAACCUCACGGACCCCAAGGUCAACCUCAAAGUGCAGGUCCGGCGCCUGGUCUAAUGAAUAUGCCGGAAGUAUUGUCCCGCCCUCCAGGCAUCCCUACUGCUCAGAAGGGACAUAAUUUCUUGGAUGACCCCGCAAUUGCCAACAUGCAAAGACCAGAGGCUGAUCAGCUUCGAAGAAGACCUGUCAAUGGACCGCCCAUGGGUUAUUUUGAUGAGGUCCCAUUUCCCCAAGGCGGUCAUAUGCCAAUCACACCAGGUGGAUCCAGGCCUCCUCAAGGGCAGGGCCAUCCUGGCAUGGGUAUUCAGAGACCACCGGGCUUCGAGCAUCUGCCACCUCCAGGAUGGAACGGUCCUCAGAUGCCUCCGCAGCAGGGUGGCGGCCCCAGCCCCUUAGCCCCUCCCCCCGGUAUUCCGACCCCAACACGAGGUGUCAACCCGAACUUCAUGAUGCCGCCUAUGCAUAGCAAUCUUCCUCCUCCCAGUGAACGCCAGCUUUUCCCACGCGGCGCGGGUGCCCCUCUCCCACCAGGGAUGAUGCCUCCUCCUGGUUACAUGAACGGCCCCCCGCCAUCCGCUUUUCCACCUAUGCCACAUAAUAGUGACGCUCUUCUGGGACUUGGUCAUGGUGGACAGGGCCCUUUUGAGGGUAACCCUGGUCCACAAGGACCUCCUCCAUCCUCCAGGCAUCUUUUGGACAUGUUUGGCCAAGUUGGUGGCCCAGGGCAAUUCAGGUAG